AAUGGCUUUCCUGUUCCGAUGUAAACAACGCCAGUAAAUAUUGUAAUUUUUGACACGUGUGAAUUCUUCAUUCUGUAAGCUAUGGCUAAAUUGUUUUGGCAAUAGCUGGGACCGAUUUCAGGCACAAGGCGUGAUCAAAAUAGUCUUUACGCAAUGUCUGUUGAAGAAGUAAGAAAACUAUGGAGAUUAGCUGAUGCUGUAUGUUUUGAUGUGGACUCAACAGUCUGCAAAGAUGAAGGUUUAGAUGAAUUGGCCAAGUUUUGUGGCGUAGAGAAAGAAGUUGUGGCAUGGACAAAUAAAGCUAUGUCAGGAGGUGUUUCAUUUCGAGAGGCUUUAUCUGCAAGAUUAGAUAUUAUUCAACCAACUUAUUGUCAACUAUCACAGUUUCUACAAAAUCAUAAACCUUUACUUAGUCACAAAUUAAAAGAAUUAGUUUCAUUAAUAAAGGAGAAAAACAGAGAUAUAUACUUAGUGUCUGGCGGCUUCAGAUCCAUCAUAGAACCAGUAGCAUGUAUGUUAGAUAUACCUACACAGAAUAUAUAUGCGAAUAGAUUAAAAUUUUAUUAUAAUGGAGAUUAUGCAGGUUUUGAUACAGAUCAGCCAACAUCAGAGUCUGGUGGUAAAACAAAAGUUGUUGAGUUGUUAAUAAAGAAAAAUAAAUAUAAGAAUUUAAUUAUGAUUGGUGAUGGUGCUACAGACAUGGAAGCUUCUCCUCCAGCAGCUGCAUUUAUUGGAUAUGGUGGGAAUAUUGUUCGUGAGAAAGUAAAAUCUCAAGCCAAAUGGUUUGUCACAGAUUUUCAAGAUCUGAUGGACGAACUUAUGUAACCAAAUAUGGAAAUUUAAUAAUAAACCAUGUUCUUUCAAGUUCAAUUAAAUUUUUAAAGGAAAUGUUUAUCAUCGCUAUGGAAGACCAAACAGCUCUUUAUUCAGUAUUCUUUAAUCAUAGUCCUUAAUUCUUCAUUUGUUGUCAUAUUUCAACAAUUGUAUCUUAAAAUCAAUAAUAAUAUUUGUAUCUUAAAAUCAAUCUGUUUUACAAAUCCGAUAUUUGUCAUAUCAGAUUUGUAAAUUGUAUCUUUGUUUCAUUUUAUAAUAUAAUGAUAAAAUCUCUUUUAGAAAAUCAAAAAAAUACAUUUAAUCCGAAACCGACAACGACAAACAAAUCUCGAACAACAAAUUUCCAAAUACAAAUCUCCAAAUACCAAUCUUGCAAAACCAAUGUCAAAAAACAUUUCUCCAAAUUCAUCUAACCGUAAUAAUAUGCCGAAAGAGGAUGCUAGCGGUGGGCUGUCAGAUUGCUUUAACGAAAUGAUAAAACAGUUGCUGCACCAUACGACAACAAAUGAAGACAUAAGAAUUAAGGACUAUGAAUAAAGAGUUGUUUAAUUGGUCUUCCACAUAUAUUGCAAGCUAAAAAGAACUGAACUUUGUUGUCUGGGAUUCAAUUGGAGACAUGUUUGUAUGUGAAGAUAUUUUCAUUUUACACAUUAUAUAUUACUGGGACCAAAUUGAUUUUUUAUUGAAUUUAACAAACAAUAGAUAUUAAAGACAUCUAAUGAAUAAUUUGUUCAGGUAUUUUUUUUCUUAAGAUGACAACAAGGUAUUGAGCAAAAUCUAUUUAUAAGACAGGUAUGUUCCUUAUUUACUGUAGUACAGACAUGAGUUAUGUAGAGUAAUAGUUUAGUCUUAGCCCGUCUAUUUUGAUACUGUAUGCUCAUCCUGCUUUCAUAGUUGAAUAUAAAUAAGUGAUACAAAAUCGAAAAACCUUAAAGGUACUACUGAUUAUUAACAAGAGAGAAUAUUAUAUUGUACAAAGUUUCAAUAUCCAACAGAUCAUGUUCAUCUUUGUUGACAUACAAACUUA